AUGCCACCACAUAUUCUAAGAUGUGUUCAUUCGAAAAAUCGAAACUGUUUUCUCGGUGUUAAUCCGUCAACAUUCAAUAAUAAUAUUCGCAAUGCCAUGGAUUUCAAAGUGUCCAUAGUGAAAGUAAAUUUGGGAAAUGAUCAAAAUUUAUAUUUUUCAACGAUUGCGGAUUAUACUUUGAAAGAAGGACAAUUUUCUAUCAACGGAUUUUUUGCAUUGAAAGUUAACAUUCAACAAGAUCGAUUUUAUGAAAUCGAGGAACAGAUUGACUCAGUAGAAUGUCGAAGUGUUAUAUUCGUACCUGUAUCAGUGGACGAUUGGGAACUUUUGCAAAACAAUACCGAAAUGACGGAAGAAGUCUUUCUUAAUCAAAUCCGCAUACUUUCUUUGAACAUGAUAUUUCCAAUUUGGAUUUCGGGUUUAUGUAUUCUUUUCCGAGUUGUACAAAUCGAGCCAAAUGAUAAUGUUGAGUUUUCUGUGAUCAGUUCUUCAACACGAGUUACUGUGAUGCCUGAAUUUCACGAGGAGAAAAAGCAACAGGUGCAGUCUUUUAUCCAACCUGAACAAAUAUCAUCUCUUCCAAUCGAUACACAUGAUCAAUCGUCAAUGUCACUCAAAACUCUAAUACGAUCACUUGGAAAAUUUGUUUAUACAUCUUUACCGAACUCUCCCAUGACAUUACUCCAAGAAUCUGACACUAAAUCUAGUAAUAUGCAAUCCAAAUCAAAGCUGACCUUAGUACCUGGCCGACAUCGACGCAUCUACCGAGUAGAAAUUGACGAAACAACAUCAAUGAAUCCAACGAUCGCGCGGAUCAAUCGAUCAGAUUGGUCAGUCAACGACAUUGAUGAUAACACUACAUGGCCGGAUGUUUUCGUUGCAAAGCUCACUGUCUAUCGAACGAGCAAAGAAAUCAAAUCGUCAACAACUGAUUCCGUACCCGAACACAUAUCAAAAGUUUACUUUCUUCUUGUGCAAUUAACUAAUGAUACGAUUUGUCGCCGAAAUCAUAUCAAAUUGAAUCAAUCGUUCGUCUCGUGGAAUUGCAUUCGUCCAACGGAUAAAAUAAUCGUUUGUAAUACCACGCGACGGCCAAGAAAUCGAACAAAGAUUGAAUUGAUUUCCAAUCAAUGGCACGGACCUGCACUUUUACUUGAACAUUACUUUCAGAAUUGGAUUCGACAAAGAGUCAACAAUGAUCAGCCGAUUUUGAUUACGGACGGUUGUUUUGUUCAAUUGGAUAAUACCGUCUUCAACAUUAGUUUAAGUUCGGAAGAUGAACCGGUAACGAGUGACAGUCCGAUAUAUGUUGAACUCAAUGAAGAACUCAUGGGACAACAUACGAUUGCGUUCGAAGAGAAAAAAGAAUGGAAUUUCAGCGAAAUCGAAACAUUCCGUUCGAUGCCAAUCAUUGAAAAUUUCAUCAAUCCACAACAGCAACAGUCUAUAGCUUUACAAAGUCAUAUUGACCAACUCUUACAAAUAUUCGAGCUACAACUCCAACUAGAAACGAAAACUUCCACGUGGAAUGAUUAUUUGUUAAAAAACGUGAUCAUUGCAGGUCGAAGUGGUACUGGAAAAAAGAGUAUCGUCGGAGAAUGUUGUCAACAACUAUGGAGAAGACAUUUAGUCUAUUAUAAACUCGUCGAUUGUCUCAGUUUCAAAGGAAGAAAACUCGAUAAUAUCAUCACCUCACUGUCUCAAACCGUUGACGAAAUGAUAUUUCGUCAGCCGUCAAUACUAAUCCUCGAUCAUUUCGAUGAUCUUUUCCCGAAUGAUUCAACGAUCACCGAUGCGAAUAUUAUCUUGGCCACCCAAAAACUAUCGCUUUCCGUUCGAGAGUUAUUCGAUCGCACUCAACAAAACCAUAAACAACUAAUCAUUAUUCCUAUUGCGAAACAGAUCACCAGCAUUCACCGACAGUUUACUGAAGAGGUGCCCCUAUUCUCAUCACAGAUAUUGACAAUCGGACCACCAGAUCUGGCACAACGUACAGUAAUUAUAAAACAGCUGAUCGAAAACAAAAAACAAACGAUAUCCGACACGCUUUUGCAUCACAUUGUCAAUCGAACAGAAUCAUUUGUUAUCAAAGAUUUAUACACAUUAAUUGAUAAUGCCCUGUUACAUUCAUGGAUGAGUUUUGAGAACCGACAAUUAAUUAAUAGCGACUUUGAUUACGCUCUGGACGAAUUCAAACCUAUAAGUGUCAAAUUACUUGAUGAUACUCGAAAAAAGGCUAGUCAAACCGCGUUACACUGGUCCGAUAUUGGGGGAAUGGACGAAUUGAAGCAAGAACUUAUCCAGACAGUGCAAUGGCGUUUCGAACGUUCUAAUUAUUUUUCCAAAGCACCUAUUCGACUAGUUUCCGGUGUUCUUCUGUAUGGACCAUCGGGUUGCGGAAAAACACUCGUUGCUCAAACAUUGGCCAAUGAAUGUAAAGUUAAUUUUCUGCAAGUGAAAGGCCCGGAACUCUUGAAUAAAUAUGUUGGAUCGAGCGAACAGAAUAUUCGGGAUUUAUUCAAUCGAGCUCGAUCGGUUACACCUUGUAUUAUCCUCUUCGAUGAAUUCGAAGCUCUUGUGCCGCGUCGUGGUCGAGAUUCCGCUGGUGUUACUGAUCGAGUUGUCAAUCAAUUGUUGACAGAAUUAGAUGGGGUCGAAAGUCUUGGCGAUAUUGUCGUUAUUGCCGCCACAUCUCGACCAGAUCUCAUUGAUCCAGCUUUACUACGUCCGGGUCGUUUAGAUAAACACAUGUACGUUGGUUUUCCGACCAAAACAGAUAUCAUAUCGAUUCUGAAAAUUUGGACAAAGAAAAUUCAUCUUUCCGACGACGUUCGCUUUGAUGAUGAGACUUUCUUAUCUCACUGCGAAAUGUAUACUGGUGCUGAUAUCAAAGCAUUGAUUUAUAAUGCUCAAUUAGCUGCAUUCGAUGAAUAUCAAUCAAAACAAUCCAUAGUCAUACAUAAACAUCAUCUGAUGACAGCAAUUCAACAGACACCUUAUUCCAUACCCGUUCACAUGCGAAAUGCCAACGAACAUUUUUAUCAAAAUUGGAGAAAACCAAUCAGUAUUGAUCGACAAACGACGUCUCUCGCGUGA